AUCUUCAACAUGGGAAAAAACCACUAAGCCACCGACGCUCAUAAUUUUAAUGCUUGUGAUAAAAAAUCCAGGUCAUGAUGAUUUUUCAUUUUGUAUUUUAUCUAUACUAUUAUAAUAAAGCGUAAACACACACUUCUUUGUUGCCUAAGAUGUCAGCAAUUAUAGCAUAUUUUUGAAUAGUUCUUUUUGUAAUAAAAAGCCCUACACUUACGUCUUGCUUUAGACUAUGUUCACGCCAUUCAACAAAGGGGAUUAAUAUUUUGGAUAAAAACCCUAAUGUAGGAAAGAGACCAUAAGUUGCUGCCAACAUCAAGAAAGCAAAAAUGCCAUAGUAAGAUGAAUUACUGUCAUGUAAAGAAGAAUAUUUCGACUGGCUUACUGAGCACAAAGUCCGCUAGAGCGCAUUGUGUGGUGGACGGAACACUUGCGUCACGGCGGCGCGCAUCACUUGAGGAGUCCGACCGCUCUGGCUGCUAUAUUAAUAAUAGCUCUAUUUUUUUCUUGGUAUAGUUUCUAAUUCGAUUUGGAGUUUUAUAAAUUCUAAUGUGAGUAUAAAAAGUGAAUUUUAAAAGUUUUAAGUAGUUUUUCACUUGUGUAUUUUACAACGAGAUGUUUUUGCUUUAGGUAAGGUAAAUAUUUUUUAAUAUUAGAAACAUAUACAUCAACUUUAUUUAUCUGUAUGAUGUUUACGUCAUUAAAUUAGUACGCACGUACUUACUCCUUAGGCUUGUGAAACACCGCACCGAUUACUCGUGCGCAGAAGCUUUGCAGAUAGGCUCAUGACGUCACUAGUAAACUGACAACUGAGCAGUGCGGGGCGCGGUCGAUGUUAGUACGAGUCAUCGGCAAACCUGCGCCAGCUCUUAGUAACAGUCAAAUGGUUAGAACGUGCAUACUGAGUGAUCAUUACGUAUAUAGUUGAUAUGAUUAAUUCGAUAAAUUAUAAUCCAUUUACAUAUGACUUUGUUUGUACAUAUAGUUAAUAUUAAAUAUUAUCAUUGUUGAAUCGAUCAAUCAACGGUAGAUCACACAGAGAUUGUAAAUAAAUGUGCCUAUAAUUUAAAAAAUAAUGAGGUUGAUGCUGUCAAUUUUAAUUUUUCUAUGUUUAAGGAAAUCUUUACCGCGCCGCGGAACAGAGCUAAUGCGUCACGGCAGCGCGCGACACUCGAGAAACCCGGCUGCCAACAUCUCUUUAACUCAAUUUUUUGUAUUAGAACUAGUAGUUUCUCUGCUGUGUUAAUACUUUCAGUAUACAUUUUUUAACUCGAUUUCCCUAGAGUAUCAAAUUGAUCGCUGUUCGUAGGCAUCGGCAAUUGUAGCCCUUCAAUCAAGACAGGAAUUGACACAAAUGUGUUACUAAUUCUUAUGUCUUAGUUUGGCUUCCUAUGAAAAUCACUCAUAAGACAAAAUACGGAUUUACUACCACUUUAAGCUUGGAUUCCUUAUAGUGAAGGUGUGUGCGAAAAGACAUGAUCUCAAACGUGGUAAUUGAGAUAAAAAUUGUCAGCUGUUUGUUGAAAUUAUUAAAUAAAACACCGGCACCAUUAUAAAACAAUUUUAAGAUAAGUAAAAUUUACAUGUUGCCAGUCAUCGUCAGUUUACUGUUUAUAAAACAUAAUGUUUCAUUUGUGUUUGUUAUAGACGGUAACGAGACGUCGCGAGAAACGGGCGCUAAAUGAUGAGACUAAGAAUAUCAGUUUUAUAUUUACUAUGUGUUACUUUAUCAUUGAUCAAGAGUGCUCGAAUAUUGGGUGUAUUUCCUACACCAUCGAUCAGUCACCAAGUUGUUUUCCGUUCCUUAACACAUGAACUGGCAAGACGAGGACAUGAACUUAUUGUUAUAACAACAGACCCUGUGCAUCCAAAAGGACAAGUACCUGAAAACUUAACGGAAAUAGAUGUCCACGAUUUGUCUUACAAUAUAUGGAAUAAAGGUAUUUCAGAACUGGAAGAUGGUUCGAGAGAUGUAAACAAGCAGGUUCUAGCAAUGAUGGGUUUAAAUUUUGAGAUUUUUGAAAAGCAAAUGAAAUCUAAAAGUGUGCAAGAGUUAUUGACAUACAAAAAUGAUUAUUUCGACUUGAUACUUGUCGAGGGUAUGUUGUCAUACACUCUAGGAUUUUCGCAUAUUUUUAAAGCGCCAGUAAUCUUGGUUAGCUCUUUUGGCGGAAUAUGGGAUAAUUACGUGGUUAUGGGAGUACCAACACAUCCAAUUUUAUAUCCGAGUAUGGUAAGAGAUAGAUUAAACAAUAUAACAAUGUGGGAAAAAAUUAUGCAGUUAAAAAUAGAAUAUAACAUGCGAAAUAUCGAUACAAAUAAUGUGAUGGUGAAUAAUCUAUUGAAGAAAUUGUUUGGUGCUGACACUCCUCCGGUUACAAAAUUGUAUGACAAUGUUGCAAUGUUAUUUUUAAACGUGCAUCCUAUUUGGGACACCAAUCGUCCCGUACCUCCAGGAGUUAUCUAUAUGGGUGGUUUACAUCAGAAUCCGAUAAAAGAAUUACCAAAGGAUCUGAAGUCAUAUCUCGAUUCAUCUCGGAAUGGGGUUAUUUACUUUAGUUUGGGCACAAAUGUAAAACCAUCUUACAUGCCUCCAGAAAAGCUGAAAGCUAUUGUAAAUGUACUUUCACGACUGCCUUACGAUGUACUUUGGAAAUGGGACAAUGAUGAACUACCAGGUCGUUCAAGCAAUAUAAAAUUAUCCAAAUGGUUGCCACAAUCUGACUUAUUGAGACAUCCAAAAAUAAAGUUAUUCAUAACUCAAGGAGGUUUACAAUCGACAGACGAAGCGAUCACUGCUGGAGUACCUUUGAUUGGUAUACCCUUGCUAGCGGACCAAUGGUACAAUGUGGAAAAAUAUGUGGAACAUAAAAUUGGAGUCAGGAUUGACAUAGAUACAGUGACAGAAGAAAUAUUUGAAAGCGCAAUACGAACCGUUAUUAAUGACACAAGCUAUCGUGAGAACAUAAUGCGACUGCGCAGUAUAAUGAGUGACCAGCCACAGAGUCCGCUAGAGCGCGCUGUGUGGUGGACAGAGCACGUGCUGCGUCACGGCGGCGCGCGUCACUUGAGGAGUCCGGCCGCUAACAUUUCGUGGUCUCAAUAUUUAGAAUUAGAACUAGUAUUCGUUUUGCUUUUAGUAUUUAUUGUUUUGCUUAUUAUUCUGUGUACAGUUUUAAAGAUGAUAUUUAAUUUUUUAAAUUCUAAUUUAUAUGCUGUAGUUAAAAUGAAAAGAUCUUAAUUAGCUAAUAGUUAUGUGGGUGUAUUACUUGGAAUAUUGUGGAGUGAUUUAGUUUAGUGUUAAUUUGUGAAAUUAUUUGAUAAAUUAACACUAAACUAAAUCACUAUAAUAGAAUAACAACUGAAAUAAGGAAAAAUUGUAGAAAUUAUUGUAACAGGGAAAUGUAUUUA